AUGGAACAAGUUAGUGAAACGGUUUCAAAUGUUACCUGCGCGACGUGCGCAAAGUCUAACGAUGAACCAGCAAUACAGUGCGACUUUUGCGAUAAGUGGUUUCACUACAAGUGCGUGAAUGUGGACAAAAUGGCGGAAACGAGGGCAUGGUGGUGUCCAGGUUGUGACGCGAAGUGCAAAGUGGCUAACGAUGCGACGGAGGACGAAUUGACGCGCCUGAGGCAGGACAUGGAGACUCUCAAAGCAACUACGGAAAGUGCGGUUAGACUGUUGCGGGAAAAGGAUGCGGAACUAGCUCGGCUUCGUAACGGCCGUGAGCGAACCUCGUUUUCGUUAGGGGAACCGCUUCCAAGCUCAACGGCGAAACGGAUUUCAGUGACCGACGAUUGUGAACUGAGCCAGAGCCAAAUAGCAGCCCGCCAAGCUGUAAAAUCCGAACUUCCUACGUUCAGUGGAGACCCCGAGGGAUGGCCGUUAUUCUUAUCUACUUUCAGAAGGUCUACCCGAACGUUUGGCUUCAGCGAAGACGAAAACAUCCUUCGGCUGCAAUCGGCCCUGCGCGGAAAGGCUUUACGCAUGGUGCAAAGCCGUCUCCGCCACACGGACCACCUGGAUGAAAUAAUUGACGCGCUGGAAAAGGCUUAUGGACGAGCGGACGUGCUCGUUAACACCUUACUUGAACAGAUUCGUGAGGCGCCACCGAUAAAAACUGAGAAACUUGAUAGCUUUAUUGAAUUCGGUGAGUUGGUAGCAGAAAUCUGCGCGACGGUUAAGUCAAGCGGGAACGCUGAACGGCUUUACGACGCGUCGUUGUUGCAAGAGCUGGUGGACCGAAUGCCGGCUUAUCUUCGCUGGAGCUGGGGCAUGCAUAGUUUGGAGUUAAAGCGCAUCACGCUUACAGAGUUCAGCGCCUGGGUUCAAAAGGCAACUGAUGGAGCAAUGGCGGUCACUCCCCCUCAGCCGAAGAAGAAAGCGUCCACGCGACAGGUUCACGCGCAACACGUGGAGAGCCACGUGGUCCAGAACAGUAAACCUCGUGCAUGCAUGAUUUGCGACAGUGACUCGUGUAACACGAUUGGAGAGUGUACGGCGUUCAAUAAACUGAGUGUUUCAGCUAGGUGGGACAAGGUACGUAGUCUAAAACUAUGCAAAAGGUGUUUAGGCAAGCAUUACGGCUCUUGCCACGUACACGACGAAUGUGGAUUGCAAGGAUGUGUUGCAAAGCAUCACCGUAAAUUGCAUCGCGUUACCGGUGAGGAGCGGAAAGCCGAAGUGAACCAUCAUGGAACGGGAACGGACCACACGCUGUUACGAUACGUUCCGGUAAAGCUACAUGGAGAGAAGGGUCCGAUCUACACUUACGCGCUGCUGGACGAAGGGUCGACGGUGACGCUGAUGGAGCAGGGGCUGGCCCGACAAAUGGGAGUUCACGGCGUUCCCGAUCCAAUGUGCUUACAAUACAGUGCCGGACAGCGACGAGAUGAACGUGAAUUGGAAAGAGUGACGGUGAAGGUAUCCGGUAUUCAAGCAAGUGCGUCUGUCUACCCGAUGGCCAACGUGCGUACAGUCGGCAAGCUAUCACUGCCUAGCCAAUCAGUGAACACGGACGAGCUCAAGCAAAAGUUUGAACACCUGAAGGCGAUUCCGGCACCAUCAUACAAAGAUGUUUCACCUCGAAUGCUAAUUGGUAUUGACCAUUACAGGUUAACGCGCCCUUUGAAGACGAUAGAAGGAAAGUCAGGACAACCGACCGCAACGAAGACGCGACUGGGAUGGCUCAUUUUCGGUAUGUGCACAGAUCGUGAUAACGAAGCGAAUAUAGUGCAGCCUGAGUCAAGCUACCACAUCUGUGAUUGCCAAGGAGUCACAUCAAAGGCAGAUCGUAUGAUGGCAGCGUAUUUUGAGGUUGAAGGUUAUGGUCCUGCAAAACCGCCAUUACUCUCAAAGGAGGAUCAACGGGCAAUGGCGUUACUUAAAACCAGCACUCGACAUAUCGAUGGGCGGUACACGACAGGUUUGCUCUGGCGAGCCGAUAACGUAUUCAUGCCGGAAAAUCGCCACAUGGCACUGUCUCGACUAAAGUGCCUUGAAAGAAAAAUGAAUGAGGAUAAGCAUCUAGCUGAGGAAAUUAAUAGAAUUAUCAAGGACUACGUAACGAAGGGUUACGUGCGACAAGUAACGGAUGAAGAACUUAAGACGUUUUAUCCGAAGAAGUGGUAUUUGCCUGUGUUUCCCGUCACUAAUCCAAACAAGCCGAAGAAAAUCCGAUUGGUCUGGGAUGCUGCUGCUGAGGUGAGGGGUGUCUCACUUAACAAGAAGUUGCUGACCGGACCAGAUCUGCUGACCCCACUGCAAGCUGUGCUGUUUCGCUUUCGUGAAUACAAAAUCGGCGUGGCAGCUGACAUUAGGGAAAUGUACCAUCAGGUGCAAAUCGACGGCGAUGACAUACAUAGCCAGCGUUUUUUGUGGCGAUGGGGAAACACCAACGUGGAACCGCAGGAAUAUGUCAUGUUAAGAAUGACAUUCGGUGCAGCGUGCUCUCCAUGUACAGCACAAUACGUAAAGAACGAGAAUGCCGAGCAGUAUCGCUCGCAAUAUCCUCGAGCAGUACAAUGCGUUACGGAGGAACACUACGUGGACGACCUGCUAACGAGUGUGGAAACGGAAUCAGAAGCAACCGAACUUGCGCAUCAGGUGCCACUACAUGAGUCGUCUCUUCAACUUCACGUGUUCGUUGAUGCGGGUUCCGAUGGAUACGCGGCGGUUGCAUAUUUCCGCUUUGAGUAUAAAGGAAAAAUAGAAGUGGUCCUGGUUGGAGCGAAAGCUAGAGUCGCACCCCUGAAAUACUUAUCGGUACCUAAAUUAGAAUUACAGGCCGCUGUCAUGGGAUGCAGGAUUGCUGAAGUGCUGGAGACGACUUCCAAGGACGAAUGGCGAUGGGUCCCAACCACAAUGAAUGUAGCCGACGAAGCGACCAAGUGGACCAACCUGAAGAAUCAUCUAGCAUCGAAGCGGUGGUUCCAUGGGCCUGAGUUCCUGCACCUACCUGAAGCAGAAUGGGACAUCCCGCAACGGAUGCCAUCGGAGACCCGCGAAGAGAUGCGGAAGAAAAAGCUACCGAAGCUAGUUGGAACUCAAACAGUUCACUCACUCACCAAGAAGUACAAGCGGCCGAAAAGGUGA